AUGAAACAUGUUAUUAACGCAGCUCAGUGGAAUUUACUGUUUAGCCGUGAUGGUGCACCUAGCUCGGAUUCUUUCGACGUGACAUUAAUGAUAACAUUACUCAGAAACCUUGCAAAUUUUCCUGAACCUGCAGAUGGAUAUGACCAAUUACCAGGGAAGACUGAAACCACACCCAUGGCUGACUUAGCAAGAAUCAAGUACUACAGAAACCAGUUAGCUCAUCUUAAAAACGGAAAGAUGAAUACACCAUUCUUUACAAUGGCAUGGGAAGAUAUCACUGGGGCUAUAAGAAGACUAGGUGAUCAAGAAACAGUUGAGGAAUGUAACGAGCUAAGAACAAAACAUUUAGACCAAUCAACAGUACCUUGGAACCUUACAGUACAAUUCCGUCAGAUACUUGAUCAGUGGAAAAAAGAUGAUGUUAAUUUUGUGGAAACUAGUGCUGCAAAACAUGUGCUAGAAUUAAUCAGGAAACAUAGUUGUGUAACUAUUACUGCUAGUUCUGGUGUUGGAAAGACAGCAACCCUCCGGCAUGUGGUUUUGAAAAUGAUUGGAGACGGGUAUGAUGCAUUACUAGUAACCAAUCCUCAUGAAAUCGUUCAGUUUUGUAAUCCAAAUCAGAAAACAUUGUUUGUUAUUGAUGAUUUUUGUGGAACAUUCUCAAUAAACCAAUCCGAUGUAAACAUCUGGGAAUCAGUCAUAAAACGUAUUAAAGAAUUAACUGGAAAUAACAAUAAACUCACAAAAAUUAUUGUUGCCUGCAGAUUACAAGUCUACAAAGAUGAACACUUCGAAUCCUUAUCAAUUUUCAGAACCAAUACAUGCAACUUGUUAUCAGCAGACUUAUGCUUGUCAAAAACGGAAAAACAGUUAAUUGCAGAGUCAUAUCUGAAAGAUGACGCUUCUAAGAUUAUUCAGUAUUCUGAUUUAUAUGAUUGUUUCCCAUUGCUCUGUAAAUUGUAUAAUGUUAAUUCUGAACUCAAGAUUGAAGAUUUUUUUCAGAAUCCAUUUUCAGUGUAUGAAAAAGAGAUGGAACAUCUGAAAAAGAAUAAAAAUUUUGAGAUAGAAAAAGACAGUGACCAACUCGUCACUAUAGUUCCCCCUGAAUACCACCAAAUGUAUAUACAGAGAAUGGUCAAUGACUGGUCUUGUGGGAAGGAAGGAUAUAAAGAUGUAGUACAGUUGUUACUAGAUAACAAUGCAGACAGUAAUAAGUGUAUAGAUAAUGAUACAUCCCCCUUAUCCAUUGCUUGUCAGGAAGGACAUAUAGAUGUAGUACAGCUUUUACUAAAAAGGAAAGCUGAUAUCAAUAAGUGUAACGAUGAUGAACAAUCUCCAUUAUUUAUGGCUUGUCGGGAAGGACAUACAGAUAUAGUACAGCUGUUAUUGGACAGCAGGGCAGACAUUGAUAAAUGUAUGGAUCAUGAGGUUUCUCCCUUAUUCAUAGCUAGUAAUGGAGGAUAUAUAGUUAUAGUUCGGCUGUUACUAUACAACACAGCAGAUAUUAAUAAAUGUACCGAUGAAGAAGCGUCUUCCCUAUUUAUUGCUUGUCAGGAAGGACAUAAAGAUGUAGUACAGUUGUUAUUAGAACACAAGGCAGACAUUGAUAAAUGUACGAGUGACGAUGCAUCCCCAUUUUUAAUUGCUUGUCAGGAAGGACAUAAAGAUAUAGUGCAGUUGUUAUUAAAAAACAAAGCAGAUAUCAAUAAGUGUAUGAAUGAUGAAGCAUCUCCUUUGUUUAUGGCUUGUCAGGAAGGACAUACAGAUAUAGUACAUUUGUUACUAGAAAAUGAGGCAGACCUCAGUAAAUGUAAGGAUAAUGAAACAUCUCCUUUUUUUAUUGCUUGUCAGCAAGGACAAACAAAUGUAGUAAAGUUGUUACUAAAAUACAAAGUAGAUAUCAAUAAAUGUAAGGAUAAUGAAGCAUCUCCUUUGUUUAUUGCUUGUCAGGAAGGACAUAUAGAUGUAGUACAACUAUUACUAGACAGUGAUGCAGACCUCAGUAAAUGUAAGGAUAACGAAGCAUCUCCCUUUUUAAUUGCUUGUCAGCAAGGACAUACAGAUAUAGUACAACAGUUACUAGACCAUAAGGUAGACAUUAAUAAGUGUAAUACAUGUGAAAAAUCUCCCUUGUAUGUAGCGUGUGAGUUUAACCAGAAAGAUAUAGUCCAUCUGUUACUUAAUAACAAGGCGGACUUUAACAAGUGUAAUGUUGAUGAGAUAUCCCCCUUGUUUAUUGCAUGUCAAGAAGGACAUAUAAAUAUAGUACAACUGUUGCUAGACAACAAAGCAGAAAUUAAUAAAUGCAUGGAUAAUGAGAUAUCCCCCUUACUUAUUGCUUGUCAAAAAGGAUACGAAGAUAUAGUCAAGCUGUUACUAGACAACAAGGCAGACAUUGAUAAGUGUAACGAUAAGGAAGCAUCUCCUUUAUUUGUUGCUUGUCAUGAAGGAUUUAGAAAUAUAGUGCAGCUGUUACUUGAUAACAAUGCAGACAUCAAUAAGUGUUUUGAUGAUGAAGCCUCUUCCUUGUUUAUAGCUUGUCAGAAAGGACACACAGAUAUAGUAAAUAUGUUACUGGAAAACAAGGUAGACAUUAAUAAGUGUAUGUAUGAUGAAGCCUCGCCUUUGUUUGUGGCUUGUCAGGAAGGACACACAAAUAUAGUAAAGUUGUUACUGGAAAACAAGGCAGAUAUUAAUAGGUGUAUGUAUGGUGAAGUCUCUCCUUUGUUUGUGGCUUGUGGAAGGCGUAGAUUAGCCCUUACCAGACCUUCUCAUUGCACAGCCAAUAUUGACCAUUUAAAAACUUGA